GCUAUGUUGUUAGCCCUGACGGUGUAUCUACUGACCCCCCCGAAAGGUGGAAGCUAUUCGAAACCGCCUUUCAGGCCUUAAAAGAAAAGCUCACCACGGCCCCCGUCCUUGUCUAUCCUAAUUUUUCACAAGAGUUUUUGCUUUUCACGGACGCUUUGGAAAUCGCUCUUGGUGCAAAUCUUUCCCAGAGAGAUUUGCAAGGAAGAGAAAGGGUCAUUUCUUAUGCUAGUC